AUUAUACCAUUUUGACUUUGAUUCGAAUCAUUCAACAAGAGCAAAUGGUAGUUGGUCAAAGAUAUAAUGUUAAUACCAUUACGCGUGUUGCUGAACCAAUAACACGAUUAAAAAAAGCAUUAACUACUUCAUCUAAUAAAGAAGCCAAAGAGCCAUUAAGAAAGAUUUUAAGUACCAGGUUGAAUUACGGACAGGUGCUGACUGAACAUGCGAUUCGUUUUGUUCAAUUCAUCCUAAUAUGA